AUGCCGGCGUUUAAAGCUGUUUACGGAAUUUUUCUAUUUGUGCUCGUUUCAUACCUUCUUAUAUAUGGCUUCAUAGUUCGAAAGCUUUUCGUGGUAAAAAUUUAUUUCGAAACCGAAAAAAGGGACAAUAUUCUUUUACAAAAGGACUCUGCUUUUGAUUCAACUCUGUCCGAUAAACAGUUGUCUUCAGGCGUGGAGCUUUCUUCUUGGAAUAAAUCGUCACUGAGAAACUUCGUUGAACGCAUCCCUGAAACACUGGAUAGUGCUAAAAGCGAAAUUUUCUCGUUUCUCCAAGAUUUGGGAGUCAAAGUCAACGAAGCCGACAUUUCUUCCAGCAAGAAACCGACGACUGCGCCUCCACCACAAGUCAAUCCGAACGGUGCUUCUUUGCCGAAUUUAAUCAGGAAAAUGGAUAAACGUUUCAACUUUUCAGCAGAUAAGCCUUGUCCCAAAAGUCAUUUGAGCAAAGGUAAGCUUGUUGCCCGUAUUUAUUUCAUUAUAAGAGUCUAUAUCCACGAGACAAAUUGCCGUCCUUAGUUGGGGGCAGUCCCGCGGAUGUUUAGCUCUUUGAAAAGGUCCUCGAUGGUACUGACUGUUAAUUAUUCAGUCUAUUAUUACUAAACACCAUCCAAACUCUGGUUUAAAUUUCGUUUGUAUACGGCCUAUCAGCGGUGAUACGCACAACACUGAAUUAGCUUUGGCUGGGAGGCGAACCGUAACCAGCCGCAGCAUCGAAUAAAAUUUGUAGUAACAAUUACACAAUAAUUGCGCCAAAAAAAAGGUAAAAAUGAUUUGAUAAAAGUAUCAUAACAAAAAUAAAACAAAAAAAAAUCCUACAAGCUUUAUGCACGUCUUAAUUAUAAAAUAAAAAUGUUCAUAAGUUAAAAAUCAUCGUUCAUACAGCUGUCCAUUAAAUAAUGAGAACGUCUAAGGUACGUCAAUAAAAUUUCGAUAAUGUACAAGAUUAAGUACCUGUAUCCAAAAUUCCUACAGAUAUCUAACCGCUCAGCUUGAACAUUCUUCUUCUUAUUAUUAUUAUUAUUAUUAUUAUUAUUAUCACUAUUAUAAUUAUUAAUGUUAUUAUUAUUAUUCAUUAUUAUUAUUAUUAUUACUGUUUUUGUUGUUUAGUUUUCUGUGAUUUAAUAUGUUUUUUGUGCUCCCCCUUCAAAUGCUCUUUACGUACUAGUAUGACUCCGUGUACUUCCAAUGCCCUAACAAAUACCGAGCAAAUAUGAGUUUCACCAGUGCGAGAGUCAUCCCAAGUCAUCCACAUCGUUUAUUAAAAGUGCUAGUGACUGAACUGUUUUAUGUUGCUCAGGUUUGCACUAAACUCAGAUCUAUGUUUAGACAGUUUAAUGACAGUUUGAAUCGAAGGUGAAUAUUUACCAAUUAAGGAUUGAAUAACAUGGACUACCUUGUCACCUGCUUGGACAGCACGCGAUCAUUAAUAUUCUGCAGAGUAACUAUAUCAAUCUAUUCAAUCUAAUCAAGAGAGGAUAAAGGGGACAGAGAAGGCAUCCCCCAUAUACACCCUAUUCCAUAGGUAAUUCGUCUCGAGUUAUUUUUAGAAUCGGGAUUAAGUUACCUCGCGCGCUGCGUGGAUGUUUCGCUGAGGUUUCGCGUGACUAAACUCCAUGCAAAACAUGUCAGGCAAUGGAAGCGUGAAGAGAUCGAGAGCAUUUCUGAAUAUUGAAGCCAAAUGAGUCGGCGCUCACCUGGGAAAAUGGAACCGCUGCACUCUUUGACAACCCAUGAAAUCAGUUUAACUUGAAGUUGUCGUAACCUCAGUGCUUUAAUAAAAUGAGAAAUUUCGCCGGUCUAUUGAAUCCGGUCGUUUGUAUAAUAAAGCAAGUAGGACGCCAAGUGUUAUUUUUGUUGAAUAAUAAAAUGCUAAUAAAAGAAUAAAUAUCAAACCAGAAUUGCUCUCUUCAAACUGUGAAUUAUAACUGAUCCUGAGAGAAUAUUCAGCGUGUUAAGGAUUUCUCUGCUGUACUGUUAGCUCUAUAGAAGAGAGGAAGGGCGAUUCUUUUUUAAUUUCCGUUUCGCUGACACAGCUUUAGUAGAAAUCUCUCUUUAGUCGUUUUCGUCGACAAAGCAAAUAGCAAUAUCGCUCUCCGCGUCUUCGGCCAUUUUUUUCUGCCUCAAAUCGUGAUGGACGCAUGGCUCUGAGUGUGGGUCAUCCAGGCGGAACACGUUCGCGCUAUGUGAUUGGCUGUUGUCUAAUCCCCCUUGGGAUCUAUGGACUUAAAAAAGACUCGAGACGAAUUGCCUAUGGAAUAGGGUGUGUAUGGGGGAUGCCUUCUCUGUCCCCUUUAUCCUCUCUUGAUCUAAUCUAUUCCAGUUUCCAAAGUUUGUCAAUUGACACGCGAGUGAAAUUAACCAACAUUUAGGCGUUAUUAUUUUGUUAAAGUGGUGGUCAGUUAAAAUCUAUUCUUAGUAUUUACUUUCCAUGAGAGUACCUUCUAUCCUCCCUUGAAAUGAUCUGAGCUAUUCAACAAUUAUCCCUUGAGCCUGAAUGGGCUCUUCGUUAAUAGCCCAUAAGGCCUUGUCUAUUGACUCAGAGACUAUGAGGGCGAGAGGAAUAAUUGUUUUAGCAAAAUCCAACUAGUUUGUCAAAAAUAUCGAGACAAAACAACUUUAGCUAGUUAAAGCUAGAAUUUAGUCCUUUUUUGCCGCCAAAAAGCCGGUGCUUUUCGCUAUUAGUGGACUAUAACAUAUAGCCUAGUAGUAACUCAACCAAUCAGAACGCAGCAUUGAUAAUAGACCACUAGUUGGAUUUCACUAAUUUAGAUUAUGAGGACCAAUCGCAAACACACGCAAGAGUUCGAUAACGAACUUAGCAAAUUUAGUAAUAAUAUUUACUUGAUUACAAUAAUUCUUCUAGUUGGUUUGUUAGCUGUUCGAAAUACUUCAGUAACGGUGGAAGAAGUGGCUAAAGAACUCGAGUUUGUGGUAAACGGUGGGCAGUGGAAACCAAACUGCCAGUCACGGAAACAGGUGCUAGUAUUGAUCAUAGUGUAUCCUUUCUUUAUCAAAUUAAUGUAUAAAUGGAUUUCUUCUAGGAGAAAGAUCAGUUCAUGUUUUUCUAUGGAGUUGGUCAAUCAAAGGGCUGCAUCUUAGAUGACGGCCUGUGUGGUUUAGCAAUCGAAGGUAGUUAGUGAAGAAAUUGGGAUGGUCACACUAUGGGCUACAUCCCGCCGGUUCCUUUCCUUUCACACUAUCCCUUUAAAUGUUCCGCGUCCACAGAAGUGCGAGCUUUGUUUUUUCGUUGGGGCUCCAGGCACAAAGUGUGCCUUGAAGGGGGGCGGGGGGGAGUUAUUUUGUCGCCCCAUUUAUGAACAAGACAUCAAGCACGAAAAUGUUCAUUGCAAUGUACUGUUUUGCGUUUGCUUAUUAUUCAAUUACAACUAGCUACAAUCAUGGCCAAAUUUAUUCCAACAACGUGUGUAACUUUGAUAUUGAUCGCCAUGUUUUCGACCGCACAUUGCAGGUCUUCAUCAGGCGAUAGUGUCGCUUUACUGAGUCGAACUAUUUGUACCUUUGUGGUUGUUAGUGAUUGGUGUAUCAUAAACCUCGCUCAUGGUUGGUGGGUUUCGAUCCAAAGCAUUGUUGGCACUGUGAGAGGAAGAAACUGAUCCCUAAGGGGUCCGCUGCGGUGGAAAUCGGUUGUCAUGUUGGGGCUGAUUGUAGGCAUCCACGCUUCAGGAAUUUCAAUUCCACUGACCCUGUUGAUGUUGGCAGACAUCUGACAAAGAACCUGCAACCGAAAUGAAACCUACAGCGGUACUACCAUACAUCAAAGGUCUAUCUGAACCACUUCGUCUUUGUCUACAACAGCAUGGCGUACGAUCUGUUUUCAAAUCCGAUACAACACUAAGAUCGCACUUAGUGCGACCUAAGGAUCCUGUGGAUCUACGAAAACAAGAUGAAGUAGUGUAUAAUGCGGCAAAGUAUACAUUGGCGAAAUAGGAAGGUGCAUGCAUGAACGGAUUAAGGAGCACGCUAGGGAUAUGCGAAAUUGUUAACAUCAAGUCCGCAGACCGUUUCAAAAAAGUCUUAUUUGAGUAUUUUAGUCAAUGAUGAAUUUUAAUAUUGCAUAAUGAUUGAUGCUGUGAAAUUAAUUAUUUUAAUUAUUAUUAUCAUUUUUUUAUCCAUUUUAUCUUUUAUAGAAUUUUUUUUUUUUAACGUCAUUACUUUAAAUUUUAUUCAUUUUAUUUACUAAUAGGCGUCUUGCGUGAUGGUAACCCCGUUGCAGCACUAUAAAUUUUUGAAUAAAGGUUGAAUUGAAUAAAGUUUUCACAAGCUCAAACUUCGGCCGUUUCUGAACACGCCAAUAAGACCUCAGACCUUAGACCUAAGACCUAGCAAUAUCCGCUCUGGGUUACGUUUAUUCACCGAGACCCUCACUGGUACUGUCGUAGAACUAAGGAGGCUAUUUACAUAAGACUUCACCCUAACAACAUCAACAGGGACAGUGGUAUUGAGAUUCCUGAGGAGUGGAUGCCUACAAUCAGACUCAACAUGACAACCGAUUUCCACCGCAGCUGACCGCUGAGCAGAUCAGUUUCUUCCUCUCAUAAUGCCAACAAUGUUUUGGAUCGAGACCCACCAACCAUGAGCGAGGUUUGUGAUACACCAAUCACUAACAACCACGGCGGUAAAAAUAUUUCGACUCAGUAAAUCGAUACUAUCGCCUGACGAAGACCUGCAGGCGGUCGAAACGUCGCGAUCAAUCAAAGUGACAAUCGUGAGGCGAACGAUAAAACUAAACCUAUACCAGGAGCCCAUCAAUUUGAUGGGCUCCCGCCUAUACUUAACGCUGUUGCGACUUCUGUUUCGUGCUACACAUCCUAUGCAUCACGGAAAUUAUCACAAAUGUCCGUGCCAACUCUCGCGGGAAUGUUAAAGUUACGCUCACUGAUGCAUGCCAAAAAAUUGCCUCUGAAUAGCAAGGGAAACGCUAAGUUGAUUCCUCAAGGUUUAGGUAAAUUAUGAUCAACGCUUUUUACUAAGCGAUUUCCCUAAACAGCACCGUCAAACCUGAAAACCGUGGACUUCAAUUCGAAAAAAUUAAGGAAUCCUAUAAUUGGAAAUUUAAGAUGCCAAAAAGCCACAACGUGUGUAACAGAGAUUGGGCAUUUAUUUGAUACCAUAUGCAUUGUACAAUAAAAAUCUGUAUCUUGAACAACCAUGUCUUAAGUUUACCAACCCUCCUGCUUUUAAUGCUACCUAGCUAUUGAGAUAAAUGUUGCCUCAUACAUCUUAUUUUUUAUCUCAAAGAUCACAUUAUCAGGGGCACCCAACGAGAAUAUAGUUCAAAACUACUUAUACAUAGCAUUGUUAAACGUAUUUUAGUAUUUAAACGGUAGAUAUAGGCAUAUUUUUAUCCCCUAAAAAUUUUUCAUCUGUUCGGAUUUCCUAGCUGAAAGUCUAGUGAUCCAAAAAUUAUAGGGAUCAAAACUUACCUUUAAGAAAAUUCCAGCCAGAAAAAGGCUCCCGAAAAUUCUAGGUGGCCUUUUUAGAGUAAAAAUCCGUUAAAAAUAGGCAAUUAGACCACUUUUUAGUUGUUCGAAAAUCCUAGGAGCGGCAGGCAAGCAAGAAAUUUUACAACAAAUGUUCCGAAAAUUCUAGAUCUCAAAUCGCCUUCCGAACAGAUAUUUUGCGAAAAUUGUCGUUGGGUGCCCCUGACAUUAUCCACGUUGAUUUAAGGGCCUGUAUCACGGCAGUCCAGUUCAUUUUGUUUAAUUUUGCCAAUUAUUCGCCCUAUGUUCGCCCUCAAUCGCUAUGGAACUUAAAUUAUGCAAAGAAAUUACAUGUAAAUGACAAAAUCAGAGAUCCGAGACGAACAAAUAUGUCUCCUGAGCAUUAUUUUUGAAGUUGCAAGCCGCAGGGAUCAACUUUGAAAAACUGUUAGGCUGAACAGUUUUCAAAAACCCUAAUUCUAAUCCGUUUAAGUCUUCUUCAGUUUUUCCCAUCCGUGGUAUCUGUUGUUUCUGUGAUGUUAUUUUAACCUUCCUUUAAAGUUUUAAGCGGUUAUUUUAAUUUAUGUUUCUCUUAAUUUAACAGGCAUUUUGUAAUUUCCUAAUUGUGCUGAAUUUCGUGACACAGCUCCUUUAAUAUCUUUCAUGACAAAGUUGUUUCUUAUUGUUGCUUCCAGGGAAUUAUAUUAGCUCAUAUAUAUUUUUUCAACAAAGCUCGUCCCUUUAAUGUAGUCCACAUCAGACUCCUUUAAAAUUUUAAAGGCUAUUGGCUCGGGGAAUGUUUGCAAAUGUGUAUUCUUAAAGAUGUAUUCCAUAUCCUCUCGAACGGGCCUGCCUUUACGGAGCAAGAGUAAUGUUGCACAGGUUAUUAUGACAAAACCCUUAAGGUCUGAAUUGCUUAAUAGGAAGAUCGACGUUGCUUUCACAUUGGACUGUAUCUUAAGUUACAACAAAAUCUGUCGUUUCUUAAAGGCUGAUCACACCCUCCCUACUCGAGAAAAACCAUUGCAUUAUUAUUUUUUUCUUCAGUUUCUGUGCCUUGAGGAACAAUAAAGUACUAUGGUUUAAUACUUUUUGAAAGUCUAACAUAAGAGUUCGUGAUAUAGAUGAGAUGGUAAAUUUUUAAAUUUUAUCUUUUGAAAAGUGUUUCUUUUCUUUUUUUUUUCCAACGAAAAUCAACAAUUUCAAAUGCUCGGACAAGGACAAGCUCCAGCUUGGUUUUUCCCAAGACUCAACUCAUUCCUCUUUAAUUUUAUUAGGUCGCUAUUGUUGUUCCUUUCCGGAACCGACAUGAGCAUCUUUACAUCUUCUUACGUCAUAUGCAUCAGUUCCUAAAAUGGCAGCUGUUAGACUACAGAAUUUUUGUAAUUGAACAGGUGAGGCUAGACUGUUCACAGUUCUUUAUUUUUCCGUAAGAUCAUCGAGAUCGAGCGCUUUGCGUUACGGGCUGCCAUCUUGCGUGAGUGUCAAAACUACUUAGGGGGAGGGGGCGGUAAUCCCCGACGAGAGCCCCCUUGGUACAUUUGAAAAUCAAGAUAGCCGUGAAGGUAAGACGCCAUAUAUCUAAACGAUCUCAAGAAAAAAUAGGGGACUGUGAACAGUCUAAGAUGAGGCUGUUGGGAAAUAAAUUUGCUAAUAAGACUAGACUGCAAAAACGGAAACGAACUGAAAAGAAAUAUAUAUAUAUAGACCAGCUCUUUCUGAAAUUAAGCUCCCCUUGAAAUUAUACUUUGCGUUUGACGCCAGGAGAACGCAGCCUAAGAUGCACGAGAAACCUGGGGACAACCAUUUUAAACAACGAAACUCAAUUUUUGUGUUUUGGACUAACUAAUUAAACGGAAAUACCAUAAAACUCCGAAAAUAAGCUCCUCCAUGUAUAAAGACUAGACUGCAAAAACGGAAACGAACUGAAAAGAAAUAUAUAUAUAUAUAGACCAGCUCUUUCUGAAAUUAAGCUCCCCUUGAAAUUAUACUACUCCGAAUAUAAGCCUCCGGGGGCUUGUACUUGGAAAUUGCCCUCAAAUACAAAGUAAAACAAAGCAAUCACGGUACAGUAACAUAGAAAUUUUUGAAUUUGCCAAGUAACCAUUACGUGUGCCAAAAGAUGCAGUCAAAUAGUUUUACAGUAUCUGCUGUUUGUGUGAUUCACUCUUCACUCUUGGAUUAGAUUUCCUCGGUCCAUAUAAACAAAGAACUUACAUGCAUAUAUUGCUGCGUUUUAGCAAGGUCUACGUCCCCAAGGCGAGUUUCAGUAAAACCUUUUAGCAAAUUACUGACAUAAAUUUCCUUCCAACUAUAAACUAGCCCAAUCGAUUUUUAGACGCAGAUUUCUUUCCAAGAAUAAGCCUAGACGAUUUUGAAGCACAAAUUUCCCUCCUUAUAUAAGCCCCUCCAAACAUAUGCCCCUCACUGGACCUUUGAAAAAUACGGUAGGUCAUGAAGACCUUAAACAUGAGAAUUUCCCAAUUUCCCUUGGCGAAAUGCCUAUCGAGGACUCACAUUUGAAAGCAAUUUAUUGUCAAACCCAUGUCCAUGAUUGCUCAAUGAAUCAUUAAAAACUUCUCCACUUUGACAUUCAACUACAGCCAAAAUUUCAAAGGUAACACUCGAACGCACUUCCUGAUCCCCAACUAGAAUUGGUUGUGUAAUUUUUUACGGCUGAACGGUUUUAAAACAAAAACUCAAAAGUGACCCAUUCCUUCAUUAAAACCGUUCUCUCCAUAAACUCGUUUGAUGGCUAAAAAUUAGUCUGGAAUUGACAUCUUAAACUCAACCUAUCCGGUGUACUGUAGCACUUUUAAGGAACAUCGAGCGAGAUUAUAGAUUUCGGUGAGAACCUUUACUGUACAACGAAAAAAUAUCUUUUGUCUGCAUUAAUGGGAAUCCGUAUUAUGUGGCUUGAAUUAAGAGAAAAUGUAAGGGCUGUCAAGCGAGUUCGACCCUAUAAUGAUUCAAUUUGGUUCUGAAGCCACCUCGUCGCUUAAUUCCAGCAUCGUCCUUUCUUCAUCCUAUUAUGGCUUCCUUUUUUCAUAGGCUGAUAACGAGCGAUUCAAUCGUGGAAUGCUGAUGAACGUUGGUUUCAGUGAAGCAAUGAAGGCGGGACACUUUAGUUGUGUGAUCUUUCAUGACGUAGAUUUGUUACCCGAAGAUGCCAGGAAUGAUUACGGCUGCCCUUCAUCUCCACGACACAUGUCCACUGCAGUGAGCAGUAUGGAAUACAAGUGAGUUAUUGAUUAUAUACACUACGCCGGUUAAAAGAUUCCACGACAGGCAAGCACAAACCAAAUUCAAUAAAGGUCGUUUUGCAAUAGAGAAGAGAAGCGAUGAAGUCACAAAACGAUCUAUGGGAGAAAGAACGAGAUGAAAACUGUUGUCGCUGCGCUCACUCGUGAAAUAUUUUUCAACACUCGAAGAGAAAUUUCGUAUCUCCGCGCGGCCAUGUAAUAUCCUCUAUUUCUCUCAAUAAUGGUGGCAAUUGCGGCCCGACCUGAAAGGAAAUGUGCCUUUCCCUUCACAAUUUAGGCACAGCGGAUGUGUUUUAUUUCAUAAAUAAGAACGACUAGAGCUGAAAGUUUGAAUUUAUCAUUUUUAACAGAGAAGAUACCUAUUUUGCAUAUCCUCUAUUGACAAAUGGGACAUUCCCAGUAUACACUUUGCUUCCCUGUGAAUAAAAUGAAUAACUAAUAAAACAGAACAUUUCAUAAAAUGCACCUUUUGGUUCCUCAUUGUUUGUAGCCCGAAAUGACAGUUUUUCCAAUCCUUUCAUGCACUUAAACUAGUACAAUCCCUGCUCUUUCAUAUACUGACCUGAAAAAGAUACAUUUUCGGGUGGAGCCACCCCGUAUUAAGGUCGGACGGAGUGACCUCCCCACCCCUAGGAGGAAGGGAUUUUGUACUUUUUCAACUUUAAAUGCUCAUCCUACGUUUUUUCUCAUUUUUUUAGCCUCGAGGAUACAGGGCAUUGACCUGAAAAUCACAGACCAGAUUUGAAAUGAAUUUUAAAUGCAUAGUUUACUUCAAGCGUUUUGUGAACAAGUUUAGUUAUAAAGUUUCCGGGUCAUUUAACAAUUAUUCUUUGAAAUCGAGGUGAAUAGUGGCUAAAAAUUUCAGGACUGAGGCGCGAAGCGGCGAGGUAACUAUUCCUAAAGCCACUAUUCACCGAGAGUGAAAAAAAUAAUUGUUUUAGUAUAUACACACGAAGUGAUCUCAACAAAAUCAGAAAGGAAAGCAUUAGAAAGUACGAUUUGAUUGACGGAUCAAAUCACGGGAAAGUUUAAAAAUACAUCUUUGCAGAAUUUUCAAAAAUGGCAAUUCCCAAGUUUAGCACUUCGUAACAACUGCGUAAUGGCUUAAAUGGAACCGUUAAAAGUUUGAAUUGUUUCCUUACCUGAGAAGAAAAGUAGAACUUUGUUGUUUUCUGUUGGCUCGCCAAGUUUAUAGCCAAAAGGGUUUGUUCUGUCGUUCUUCGCAUGAAGUGGUGACAAAAAUGAUGGUUCGGUUGCUCGAGGUAAGACAUCGUCUUCCUGUACCACUCUUUUUCUUGUUUACUUGAAACGUAGAAUUUUCUUGGGCCAAUUUUUCUUGUUAGGAAACGCCGAGUUCACGAAACUUCUACGCGAAUAAACGGGAGUUGUAAACAAUCCAUCGAGAACAAAACUCAGCUACAGUAAAUGGAAAAACGCUGUUUUGAAUCCUUCUAAGUCUUUUCUUGCCUUAAAAAAGGUUAGCCCUAGGAUUUUGCCUACUUUUAACAGAUCGUUCUCUAAGAAAAUUGCAAAAAGAAACCGAGCUUACACAUUAUCCACUCGCUAGGAGGUGAAUAUUGUUGAACGAUGGCGAACCGAUCAGAUCACUUAAAUCACCAUGAUCACUGAGUGUGUAUAUACUAAUAUGCAAUAUACAUGCAGUUAUCAUGGCUUUCAUAAAAUUUAUUCACUAUUUUUAUUCUAUUUUUUUUUCUAAAAAGAUUAAUUUACAAGACUUUGUUUGGUGGAGUAGAGGGUUUCUGGAGCGAGCAUUUUCGUACAGUUAACGGCUUUCCCAACCGAUUCUGGGGCUGGGGAGGUGAAGAUGAUGAUUUGUUCGUCAGGUUUGUAAAAGGAGUAGUUAAUUUGUGCACACGUCAGUUUUAAACACAAAAUUAAGGGAUACACCUUAACGUGGAAAGGUCUCUGUUAUUUAUUUAUCCUCUAUUGGCAAUCCUUAUUAUAUAUGUAAAAUUGCCCUCCAAUUAUUAUCUUUGCCAUUGCUCUCGUCGAAACAUAAAGGCUUACAUACGUCUUUUGAACUUUAUUUGUUUUGUAACUAGAAUUACGGAGAAGCAACUUAGCCUCACACGGCCUGCUCAGAUGAUUGGUAGAUACGCGAUGUUAAGUCAUUUGCACACAGAAGACGAUAAAAACCCUCAAAGGUUAAAAUAGUUUCCUGUUUUUAUUAUUAUUAUUAUUAUUAUUAUUAUUAUUAUUACAAGAUUAAAAUUUAGUGAGCCUAUUGACUGACCCGCAAAUACAGUUUUCUCUUCACGCUCCUGGAAGCAUUUUCAACGGUUUAAUAAUAUCUAACCCGUUCCAACUAACCUUUUUUAAUGACUUCUUUUUUUCCGAUUAGUAUAAGUCAACAUAAGACAGUAUCCUUUUAAAAAAGAGUACAAGAACGAAAAGGCAGGAAUAUAAAUAACUUAAAACUUAACACCUCAUCUUACGUGUAAUUACGACAUAGCACCUUCUGAUCCCAGUGCAGAAAGUGAUUCUCACCCAUCCAAGUUGUAGUACUGAAUAGUAGUAGUAGUAGUAGUAGUAGUAGUAGUAUAGUAGUAGCUGCAGUUGUUGUUGUAGUUAUACUCAAGUGGUUUAAGGCUCAAAGAUGUGUUCUGAGGAUAUUAAUCAUUGGCAAUAUCUUUCGCUAGGAGACCUAGAACAAAAUGAACUUUUCCCAAAAAGUAAAUCUUGAGGUUUCCUUGUGCCUUAACGUUUAACCAUUGUCACGUGACACGAUACGUGAUCAAAGAUUGAAAAUGAAGGAAAUUGGCGAAUUGGUGGCGACUAAUUUACUUUGUUUCGAUAAACAAGUCGAUAUUUCUAGAAGAGGAUAAACAUACCUAACUUUAUACGUUUGGAAUGAAUGUACGCGAAGUUUAAAAUUAAAGUUUUGAAUAAUUCAAGAUUAAAGUUGGGCAUUCAAAAUGAUGUUUUCCCUCAUAAUUUUUCAUUGAAGCGCAAUGGACGGUCAUUCCAAACGUGAAGUGUUAAUAUGAAUUAGAAAAAUGUUUUUCCCGAUUUCUUUUCUUAAACCGGGUACCAAUUGGUCAAUGAUUUACGAUUUUUAGCAAAAUGGUCACGUGACAUAUCACCUGACUUAUUAACACAAUGUUUAUUCUUUAAAAUGUUAAGGAAGAUGAGUUCUUUAUGUGUGCCAAAUUUUGAUUCAGCGCCAUCACCUAUGCCAACGUUGAAGCCAAUUAUUCAUUUUCCACAAGUCCCAGGCCUUAAACUACUUGAGUACAAGAUUGUUGCUUCACUAUUUUUUUCUGUUACAUAGGUUUGAAGAGUUGAAAGUCAGCGAAACGUUAAUCGACGAGGAUGGCUUAAAUACGCUUACAUACAGUGUACGUGACUAUCAGGAAAUGCCGCUGUACACAAUGAUAUCCGUCUCGCUGAGAUAACUUAGGACAGGAGCAGAUUAGGAAUAAUUGCUCUGUCGGCAAUUCAAAAACCAAACAUAAAGUACGUUUGUCGCGUUUGUCGUCAUGAUCAGUACGUAACAAGCAGCAGACAUGAACAUAACUAGAAAGAUGAUUCAUUUAUGUUGGAAUUUAAGUGUGGAAAGUCAACGGACAAUGGGUCACAAUGAACAGUUCAGGACUAUCGGUCUAGAGACUGCAGUUCACUCAAUAUAUUAUUCAAUAGAUAUGCGUUCACACUCGAAAACUGCCGAUUUUUCUAUUAUGUAACAUCGAGU